AUGGACUGGUUCGGCCGUGCAAAGAUCGCCUUUACUCACUCUCCCACGCCGUUGACCCUGCAGAGGAAAGAUGGCACGGUCACGGAUCUUCUGAAGGUCUGCGAAGCUAGCACGCCUCCCUGCCAGCUCAACCCCCUGCUCUUCAACGGCGACAUCCAGACCAUGUGGACUGCCGUUCAGGAGCACGGCCCGCCGAUCUUCUACCGCAGGAGGAUCUUCGUCGCGGACCACAAGACGUACACUGGCACUUUUGCCGUUGACUUCGCGGUGGAGCCCCACACCGAUGUCGACGAGGGAUUGCCGCCGAGGACAGCAUUUUACUCGGACGAAGACUUUGCCAAGAUCGCCUCCGACGAUAGCAGACCUAUGCUCAUCGUGCUCCACGGUCUGUCUGGCGGCUCGCAUGAGAUCUACCUCCGGCACGCCAUCGCACCCUUGGUAUUGAACGGCGGGAACUGGGAAGUGUGCGUCGUGAACUCCCGAGGCUGCGCCAACAGCAAGGUGACGAGCGGACUGCUGUUCAACGCGAGGGCUACCUGGGAUAUCCGGCAGGUCGUGAAGUGGGCCAGGGAAACCUUUCCUAACCGGCCGCUGUUCGCCCUCGGUUUCUCACUUGGUGCCAACAUUUUGACCAACUAUGUGGGAGAAGAAGGCGCAAACUGCCCCCUUAAGGGCGCCAUUGCCGUGGGCAACCCAUUCGACCUAGAGGUGGCGAACAAGUCGCUCCAGCGGACAUUUCUGGGGAAGCAGGUCUACUCGCGGGUCAUGGGGAGCAACAUGAAGAAGCUCAUCAAUGCCCACAAGGACGCCAUUCUGAAGCAUACAAACCUCAACUUCGACCGGAUCCAACAGGUCACUUACCUCCACGAGUUUGACCGCGAAGUCCAGACCGUGACGUGGGGUUAUCCCACCGAGAACGCCUACUACCGGGACGCAUCAUCCUCGGACGCCGUGCUCGCCAUCAGAAUCCCGUUCCUUGCUAUUUCCGCUUUGGAUGAUCCGAUUGCCGUCUAUGACGCCAUUCCUUUCCAGGAGUUUACGCAAAACCCAUACACCGUGCUGCUGACCACUUCGCUCGGCGGACAUCUCUCGUGGUUUGAGCUUGGCGGUGGAAGAUGGCACGCUCGUCCGAUUUGCAACUUUCUCAACCGCAUGGUCACCGAGAUCAAUCUGGACGCGAUCACUCCAGACGCCAACGGGACCAAGCUUGAGACUCAGUUUGUGACAGAGUUCAACCCUGUGCGACGGAAGCUGCAAAUCCUCAACAACUAA